AUGGCGAUUUUCUGGUUCACAGCGAGUUCCGUCACUUCCGUCACACCAUUUUACCAGAAUGCCACUUUCAGAUGGCGGUCCAAUCUUUCGAUGGUAUUUAACUGGGGGCGCAAACUUUCGAUGGUCUCACAGUUCAUAAGAGGUUCCCUUUUGGGAAGGUCCUCACCAUUGGAUCUAUCCCAUGCGAUGACUUCAUCCAGUGACGAUGAAACCAGGGCACUGAGUACAUUGCUUGAUGUGUUCAGCUGUGCCAUUUCACUUGAUGAUAUAGCUGACGCAUAUAUCAAAGCAAAUGGCGAUGUCAACAAAGCUGGAGAUUUCUUAACCGACCUUCAACUUUUGUUGCCUCAUAUCAAUGAUGUUGAGUCAAGUGUCGAGACUAACCUUUCCCAUACUGACAAGGCAGUUGAAGAAAACUGUAUGGACAAUUCAAGCCAGCCAAGAACUCUUCCCCGGUCUGAGCAGGCAGUUGAAGAAAAGCAUAUCGAGAAUUCAGAUCAAACAAAAAUGCCUGAAAAGUUGCAUAAGUCUAGUGCUGCAUUUGGUACUGUCUCCAGCGUGUUAGGAAAAGAACCUACCAGGGCUACAACAACAGCGAGUAGAGCAUCAAAAAAAGACAAACCUCUUAGGGUUGAACUGCCAGAGUACAUGCGGGAUGAUUUUAAGAUGAAAUCUGAUGAAUCUGACUCUGCACCAAGGAGAGAGACUCUGAAUGACAGGGAUGUUGAGGAGUUUUUGUUUUGCAUGCUUGGUGAAGGAUUUAAGCUCAGCAUGGAAUUGAUCCGUGAAGUUCUAGGCAGCUGUGGAUAUGAUAUUAAGAAGAGCAUGGAGGAAUUGAUGUCAUUUUCUGAAAAAGAUCCAGACAAAAAGGCAGAAAGCAAACAUAACGCGAUACAAGAUGUGGCAGUAGAAUGUUCUGUUCCAAAGGGAAGAUGCUUAGGCUCGCAGUCAACAGAGGGAAUGCAGAGGUCAAAGCCAAAGAUUUCUCCAGGAGAGUUGAUAGAAGCAAUCUUCACUGUACCUGAACGAUUGGAGGAGCCAAAAUUAAAACGAUAUGAAUUGGGCGCAAAUCGAAACAGAGUCCCAUAUCAGAAACCAGUCCUGAAACCUCUUGAGGACAUUUCAACAUAUUCUACUGAGUUUCCCGUCAAAGUUAUCUUAGGUAGCAAAGCACCAUCUGUGAAUGAGGAGGAAUACCAGAACUACCGCAGGGCUGCAAAGCAGCACUGGGAUAUGAUGAAACAGUACUAUGAGAAGGCUGCUGAUGCUUUUAGGGAGGGUAACCAGAAAGAAGUCGAUUAUCUUAUACAGGAAGGCAAGCGCUGUUAUCAGAUGGCUCGAUUGGCUGAUGAGAAAUCUGCUGGGGAGAUUAUCAAACCCAAGGAAACAGAGUCAAAAAAUGAAUUUUGUCUUGAUCUGCACAAACAAGAUGCAGCAAAUGUAUCUAAUCUCUUGAGACUCCAUCUUAAACAUUUGGCAAACAUUCCAUCUUUUGAUUACCUGAAAGUUAUCAUUGGUGUUGAUGACGGCAGUUUCAAGAUGGGACAAAGAAGAAGAAAGGUGAUGAAGUAUGUGGAGAAGAAUUCACUCAAGUGGACUGAAGAAGAGCCCCGCUCUGGGAAUAUCCUCAUCCGGAUUAAUCAGGUGGAAAAUCAGCAGGGAUAG